AUGUCAUCUGCUCUGUUGGACGAGGCUACGCGGAUUGCCCGCCAGUUCGACUACCCCGCGGCCGACGUGCGGCGCGGAGUGACGGAAUACAUCCGCGAGAUCGAUGAGGGUCUGUCCAAGGAGCACACGACCCUCAGUCAGAUCCCGACAUAUGUCACCGCAGUACCCAAUGGCACUGAAAAGGGAUUGUACCUGGCAGUAGAUCUCGGCGGCACCAACUUCCGCGUGUGUUCGAUCGAUCUGCAUGGAGACACCACCUUCUCCCUUACUCAGUCCAAGAUUAUGAUUCCUCGCGAGACCAUGGCGUCAGGGACCGCCAAGGAUCUCUUCUUGUUCCUGGCCCGCCAGAUCGAGGCGUUCCUGCGCAUUCACCACAACGAACACUUCGAAGCCCACCUCCGUCGCCGCAACGAGAAGAAUGGUAACUGUGAGGAGGACCUAUUCGACUUGGGCUUCACCUUCAGUUUCCCCGUACGUCAGCUGGGCAUUAACAAGGGUACCCUGAUUCGCUGGACGAAGGGGUUCAACAUUCCCGACGCUGUGGGCCAAGACGUCUGCGCGUUGCUGCAGAGCGCCAUCGAUGAGCUGGAACUCCCGGUGCGCGUGGCUGCCCUGGUCAAUGACACCGUGGGAACCUUGAUGGCCCGCUCAUACACCUCUCCUGGCGAGACGGGUACCUUCCUCGGCGCCAUCUUCGGCACGGGCACCAACGGGGCCUAUGUUGAGAAGCUUGACCGGAUCACCAAGCUGCAGACCAUCGAACACUCGUCAUAUGAUAAGACCACCGGUGAGAUGAUCAUCAACGCCGAAUGGGGCAGCUUCGACAACCACCUGAGCGUCCUGCCCAACACCAUCUAUGACCAACAGCUGGAUGCCGAUAGUAACAACCCGGGCAUCCAGAUGUUCGAGAAGCGCGUCUCAGGUAUGUUCCUGGGUGAGAUCUUGCGUCGCGUCAUGCUGGACAUGUACCGCAACCCAUCCCUGGGCUUCCUCAAGUCUAGCGAGUCUACUGUAUCUGUUCCCAAAGAGUCGUCCCUGUACCGGCAGUGGGGCAUCGACACGAGCUUGUUGAGUCUGGUCGAGGCCGACAAGACCGAGGACAUGGAGCAAAUCAAGACGGCUCUGAGGGAUCAUCUCCGGAUUCAACGCCCCAGCAUCGCAGACUGCAAGGCGAUUCAGACCGUUGUGCAUGCCAUCGGUAAGCGCGCUGCUCGUCUGAGUGCCGUCCCGUUGGUUGCCGUUCUCAUCUCCACUGGCAAGCUGCAGAGGGAUGAUCUCGUGGACAUUGGUGUCGAUGGCAGUCUGGUUGAAUUCUACCCCAACUUUGAAGGAUAUAUGCGUGACGCCCUCCGUGAAGUGCCCGAGGUCGGGGAAGCCGGCAAUGAGAAGAUCCGCAUUGGUAUCUCCAAGGAUGGCAGCGGUGUGGGUGCUGCUCUGAUCGCCCUCGUUGCUAGCAAGGAAGAUGCCCGGCGAAAGGCGCAAUAG